AUGGGAUUUUUGAGUGGUGUGCUUGGUGCGGUGAAAGAUGAUGAAGCGGUUAAAACGUACGAUAAUUACAUGCCUAUAGAUAAUAGACUUGAAAAAGUACUAGAAGAGGUAAAUAAAAAAAUUGGCUCCGGGCGUGAUGGGCUUGCGGUGUCUGUCGGCGCGGUGAAGGAGUGGUUGGAGGGGUAUGGGAAUAAAAUUCGUGAUAUGACUUUCAACGUCAAAAAUGCUUUAGCUAUACUCCAAGAUGAUUUAUCAGGUAAGUAUCUUAGUAGUAUUAACAGUGCGCAGAAUCUGGAAGAUCAGCUGAAGCACUGGAACGGAGUGCUCAAGGACAUCGACUUUCACCUAAAUGAAGCUGAGACUAGCGGUGUUAAUGUAUUAGAUGAUAAACUAAAAAAUACGUUGUUGCAUGAGGUGAAAGUAGUUAGAAAAUCUGUGCAGGUGAUGAGGGAGAGCGCUGACAACGAGGCUUUCAAGGCUCAAGCGGACAGAGUCGAUAAGCAGUUGCUUGAGCGGGAGGAUGAGCUUAGGAGGGCAAUUAAUACGCAAUAUGAAACCGUGCGAAAAACGGUGGUAGAUACGUUAGGCAAGAUCAAUGAUGAAGUCUCCUAUUUCGGUGGCGUGAAGAAAUCGGAAUUUCAAAAAAUAAGUCAAGCCGUGAUAGAAGCCAAAAAGGAUAUUAAUAAAUUGGUGGAGGACCGGCAGGAAGGGUUUGAUAAAAUGUAUAAAACCCCGAUUCUUGCGAAAUUCGAUACCAUAAGAGGGAAAUUGCAAGAACUCGAUAAUGUUAAACAUAAGGGGAAGGGAGGAAAUUCUAAGCUUCACGAUGACGUGGAAGACAUCACCAAGCAGAUUGCGGAACAGGUGGUGUUGGCACAGAAGGAGGUGACUGCUUUGGAGUCGGCCGUUAAAGCGACGGCUUCAGCGGCGUAUCAGAAGAUUAGCCAAUUGGUUGACGAUGCAACAGGGGCGCUUAGCGGGUUGGAAACUAAAGUUAAAAGUGGUCUGGGCAAGUUGAAAAGUGAGGUAGAUAAGCCGAUUGAGGAUGUCAUCAAUAAGCUCAAGGAGGGAAUUGCAAAUGCUGCUGAGGCAGAGGGUGCAUACAAGGUCGUUCAAGAGUUUUAUCUGGGUAUACAAGAUAAGGUCGAUUAUCCAAAUUUACAUAAAUGGUCUGAGGCAGCAAAAAGUGGUGGUAGUCUUAAAGAUGCUAUCGCCGCAUUAGGAUCGAAUGAUACUUAUAUCAAUAAUUUCAAAGCAGUAUUAACCAAACUUAAAGACCCACAAAAUGUUGGAGGUAUAUUUUACGAUGCGCUCAUGAUGGACCUUCAGAAAAAAGCUAAGGAUGCGAUAGAAGCGGUGAGAUCUGACAGAAGUGGCAAAUUUGCAAAUGUUUUCCAGCAAUUCAGCCAGGAAAUCAAGAAAAGCGAUGAUAGAGGUAGCACAGUAUAUGAGAAGAUCGAUGGGAUAAAGGCGGAUAGUGAGAUUUCUUCACUUCAAAACCUUUCUGUAGAUAGUAGCAAACUUACAAAUGUCAUCAAUCUGUUUGAAAAGGAUGCUGAAAUCGGUGAUGAGACGUCGAAAGUCAAAAAAGCUAUCGACAAAGUCCUCCAGAAGAUUACAAUGCUGCAAGCUGUGCCUGGCGAAGUGACCAAACUCCAAAGCGAAACUAAGAGUCUGUUAGAGCAGUUGAAGGCUCAGCUCGACCAGCUUCAGAAAGAAAUCGACGCCAUUGAGAGUAGUGUCAAAUCAGCUGAAAAAGCGUUAAAUGGGUGUAUCCAUGACCUAAAUCGUGCCGUAUCCGCAGCUUAUCACAGCUCGAUACAAGCCGUCGAAAACCUUAAAAAUGAGCUUUGUGAUAUAACUCGCAAAGCCUUCCAAAACGUGACCAAUGAAGUACGACUACUCUUCGCAAACGGCCACCAAGCAGAUCUGACGGCGUUGGGUAACUUGGUGAAUGAGCAGAAUCAGACGAUUGAAGAGUUAAUAAGAGUAGAUAAGAGUAACGGCGUUAAGGGUCUAUUGAAGUGGCUUUUUAAGCACAAAGGAAGUGAACUUGAGAAAUUUAGAAUCGACGUCACGUCGCCGAUGAAGCCGGAAGAGAGAGCUAAAAAGUUGAGAAAGCUGUCCAAAGAUUUCAAAGAACAUGUUGAUGUCAUUUGUAAGUACGUUGAAAAUCAAGCAAAAACUCCUAAAGGCGAAAAAACUCCAGAAAAAGUACACAAUAAUAGGUCUGAGAAAGUUCACGAGAUACAACAGAAAUUGAGUUCGCUGCUACAAUACAUUUCAGAUGAAAAUGCCUUGCCUGAUGUCAAAGAUCGUGAUUUAAGAAGAAUCUUCACCUUCGACGCCGAAUUCCGCUCCCACCUCCACGAGCUGACCUCCGCCCUGUCCACGUUCGACCCCGCUGACUUCGCGAACCCGCACCACCCGCAACUCCUGGAUGCGCUGAAGGCAGGGAUGCAAGGGCUGGUAGCGGAGAUGGAAAAGGCGUAUGUGAGUAGGUAUGAUGGGCAUCCUAAGAUGGAGUGGAAAGUUAUCAAGGAGAAAAAAGUUACCGACGAAUUAACCGUCGACGCUACGCGCUGCGCCAAGGUGUUUAUGAGCUGCCUGCCGAUGUGGGUGGAGGACCUCGGGGAGUUGAAGAGGAGGUGUGAACAUAGUUGGCAAGGGAAAGCCAUUCAUCUAAAGGAUGAAAUUGACAAAGAAAACCCCCUUGGUGAGUUCCUCAAGCAUUGCGGUUACAUUGUUCCUACCAGUCAGAAGUCGCAUCAGGACGGGGAGCUGCAGUGCAAGUAUAAGUUCACCGGUGCAAAUAUUCUUGAAAAGCUCGUGGAGAAUAAAUUAGAACGCGGUACGGUUUUUGAUCACAUCAAAGCGUGCGAAUCGAAUCAAGAUAUUAAGACAGGUAAGCCGAAGGAAAAAACACAUUUCGAUAUUAGCAAUAUUCUUGAUUGCCUGUACCAUCACUUGGACCAAUAUAACGAAGUAGGUCACCUGUCUACUCUAACAUCAAAGAGGCAUCCAUGUUCCGUUUACGAUAUGUUAGUUUGGCUAUCUGGACUUACGCACAACCCUGUACGUCACGUUAAGCUAGACGCAGCUAUCACGCAUAUUUUGGAAGAGCUGUAUAAAAGGGGCAAGGAAGAUGUAGAUGAAGUGGUCGACGGGUUAGAAAUAGAACCAGUAGUUGGCGACAAUUUUAAGAUAUCAUUGGUGAAUAACCAAACGGUACCCUUGGAAGCUUACCCACGUAACGUAUCAUAUGAAGAUAUGCGAACAGCGGUAACUGACAUAUGUGCAAACGCGUACGAUGUUUUAACCACAAUAGCCGGAACAGGAGACGAGUUCACCACCUACGCGUCUGACUUGUCGAAUAAUUCCAUGAAAUUCCACUACCCCCAAAGCGGCGAAGAUUGCUUCGACAUGUUGCUCGACAUAUUACGCCGCUUGUUCCCGCCGCUAAAAUUCCUGCUCGGCCAGUGUAGCUAUGCCGCAUACAACUUUGGUUGGCGCGAUUGUAUGUACGGCAAAGAUAUUGCUUCAGGCAAAUCGCAGUGUAUCGACCACUCAGAAGACAAAGCAGCGUGCCAACCAAACGGCAAACCAAAUGACCAACCAAAGUGCCAAGUAAACAGCCAAGCAAAUUGCCGACCAACUUCCCCGUUAAUGUCCUAUCUUAACGAUUGCUUACCGGGGCAUCUACCUCACCAACUUAGCAAAAUUGGUUGCAGGUACGAGUGCCUCAAUUGCCCUUCAACAUCCAAGAAAGGUAUGCCCUGUCUUACGCCGCUUGGAUUCAGGGGAUUCUCCGGUUCCACUAAGACGGGUGGAGACAUAUGUCACAUCAUAAGGAAAUUCUUUGCUAAUACCCAUCUCAAUGGUUUGCUGUGCCUAAUUCCGAAACCGCCGUCCACCUUACCGGAGCAUUUCAGUUUCGUCCAGUCGCUUGCUAACAGCUGUGGGUCAAGUAAACGCAUGAACCUGAGUGAUAUGCGAUCCGCAUUUGAGGCAUCUGUUAACAACCUCUCCAUUCAACUGCAAACUGAUAGCACUGUCUUUACUAAAGCACUGGUUGACGCCUACGGUUCUAAGUCUGCAACUCACACCGACUGCGAACAUCCUCAUCUUACGACCCUAACAACCACCGACACAUGUAAAGGCAAAAAGAAAAAUGUUAACUGCGCUCCCUAUAUAUAUCCCUUAGCCGAAGAUGCAUAUUGUUACUUCGCCAUGAAACACUGUGACACAUACGUGUCCUGGGCGGUGUACCUUCCAUGGACGUUCUGGGAGUAUCUCAAGAAUCUAUGUGACGACUUUUGCAAUAUCUUCUGCGCAGACUGGGGCUGUCGUAGUUGCCUUAACAGCAGCAAGUGCAAACGCGGCGAACAUGGAAAGAGUGAUGAGCCGAAGGAAAAUGUACCAGGCCAACCGCAUUGCAAAUGCUCAUCCAUGGUAAAAUGUAAGGGUGUUUCACCAACAUUUUACAGAUAUGGCUUUGCAUUUGGUGACCCAAAUGCGCUCGAUGCCAACAAGCAAUGCCAUGAUUUCUAUAAUCAAUUAACUGCUGUCCUAAAAUCGCAGUACUUCAAGAACCUGUUCGACACGUGCGACCACUUCCUAUUCAAAAUCCGCUCCCCCUUCAUCUGGCUCAACGUCGCCCUCUGGCUCCUCUCUCUCCUAUACCUCCUCCACAUCAUGGUCAUCCGCCUAGACCUGCUCCACAUCAAAUCGCAUUUGCAUAGUCCCUCGAGUCAUCGCAUCGCUGCUCAAUCACUACUCGCCGCGGCACGUGUUAACAAACUGGGCAGGGUGUUUUAUCUACAACCAUAA